CAGUAGUGACUCUCUAAGUUGAUAAUGCGGCACACGUUGGUAUUGAUAUCAUUGAAACUUAAUUGGGAAGAUGAUAGUUAGUGCUUUCUACUCUUAAGUCCAGGUCCGGAUCAAGAAUCUUUGUCUUUAUAGAGAAUGCAAACAAUUUUUCAGAAAACAUUAGGUACACUGCAUAGCUGGAAAGAAUGGUGGACCUGGAAAACGAAGUGCCCCCUCUUCCUCCAAGGUACAGAUUUCGUGAUUUGCUCCUUGGAGAUCAAGGUUGGCAGGCAGAUGACAGGGUGCAAGUUGAAUUUUAUGUGAAUGAAAAUACCUUCAAAGAACGCCUCAAGCUGUUUUUCAUAAAAAACCAAAGGUCAAGUCUAAGAAUACGUCUAUUCAACUUUUCUCUCAAGCUCCUCAGCUGCUUAUUGUACAUUAUUCGUGUCUUACUUGAUGAUCCUAGAGAAAGAAAUGGAUGCUGGGGCUGCUCCAAUCAAAACCACAAUCUCACCAACAUUGAGCGGUCCCCUAUAAUUUGGGUAGAAAGGAGUCUUCCCUUGUGGGGUUUACAGGUUACAGUGGCCUUGAUAAGUUUCUUUGAAACAAUGUUGCUGGCUUAUCUCAGUUAUAAGGGGAACAUUUGGGAACAAAUUCUACGAAUAUCCUUCAUCCUUGAGAUGAUCAACACCGUGCCCUUUAUCAUCACAAUAUUUUGGUCUCCAUUAAGGAAUCUAUUCAUCCCAGUAUUUCUGAACUGCUGGUUAGCCAAGCAUGCCCUGGAGAAUAUGAUUAAUGAUCUUCAUAGAGCUAUCCAGAGAACCCAAUCUGCUAUGUUUAAUCAGGUUCUUAUACUCAUAUCCACUUUACUGUGCCUCAUUUUUACCUGCAUCUGUGGAAUACAGCAUUUGGAAAGAGCAGGGAAUAACUUGACGCUGUUUGAUUCACUUUAUUUCUGCAUUGUCACCUUCUCUACUGUGGGGUUUGGGGACGUGACACCCCAGAUCUGGCCAUCCAAGUUGUUAGUGGUCAUCAUGAUCUGCGUUGCCCUUGUAGUGUUGCCUAUACAGUUUGAACAGCUGGCCUAUCUGUGGAUGGAGAGACAGAAGUCAGGAGGAAACUAUAGUCGCCACAGAGCUCAGACAGAAAAACAUGUCGUACUGUGUGUCACCUCUUUGAAGAUUAACCUGCUAAUGGAUUUUUUGAAUGAGUUCUACGCUCAUCCCAGAUUACAGGAUUACUAUGUAGUGAUACUUUGUCCUACUGAAAUGGAUUUACAGGUUCGAAGGGUAUUGCAAAUUCCAAUGUGGGCCCAAAGGGUAAUUUACCUCCAGGGAUCAGCGUUGAAAGACCAAGACCUUCUCCGAGCCAAAAUGGAUGAUGCUGAAGCCUGUUUUAUCCUUAGCAGUCGAUAUGAAGUUGACAGGACAGCUGCUGAUCAUCAAACCAUCCUGAGAGCAUGGGCUGUCAAAGAUUUUGCGCCAAAGUGUCCCCUCUACGUUCAGAUACUGAAACCUGAGAAUAAAUUCCAUGUCAAAUUUGCAGAUCACGUUGUAUGUGAAGAGGAAUUCAAAUAUGCCAUGCUGGCUCUGAACUGCAUCUGUCCAGCCACGUCAACACUAAUUACUCUGCUGGUUCAUACCUCCAGGGGACAAUCGGCACCGUGGGAGGCAUUUAGACAACUAACUGGAACUAGGCAGACUCAAACCAGGGAUGGUCACCAAUCCCAUGAACAGUGGCAAAAAGUGUAUGGCAAGUGUUCAGGCAAUGAGGUCUAUCACAUUAAGAUGGAAGACAGCACAUUCUUCACAGAGUUUGAGGGGAAGAGCUUCACUUACACUUCGUUCCAUGCCCACAAAAAGUACGGAGCUUGUCUGAUUGGUGUGAAGAGGGAAGAAAACAAAAAUAUUUUACUUAAUCCAGGUCCUCGAUACAUCAUGAGUUCCACGGACAUCUGUUUUUAUAUUAACAUUACCAAGGAAGAAAACUCAGCUUUUAUAAAGCAAAAUGAACAAAGCAUAAAUAGUAUAUCAAAUACUAUCUAUCAUGGAGCUUCCAGAUUACCUGUUCACAGCAUCAUUGCUAGUAUGGGCACAGUAGCCAUAGAUCUUCAAGAUACAAGGUGUAGACCUCCUGCUGGUCCUACCUUGACGCUUCCUUCAGAUGGAGCUAAAGAAAGCAGACGGCCCAGCAUUGCACCUGUUUUAGAAGUAGCUGAUGUUUCAUCGAUCCAAGCCUGUGACCUUCUGAGUGACCACUCGGAGGACGAAGCCAAUCAUUCUGAUGAUGAGCUAUCAUCAGCACCAGAGUACGUUAAAGGAUACCCUCCAAACUCGCCUUACAUUGGAAGCUCUCCAACCUUGUGCCACCUACAGCAGGAGAAAGUCCCAUUCUGCUGUCUCAGAUUAGAUAAGGGGUGCCAACAUAAUUACAGUGAAGAUGCAAAAGCAUAUGGUUUCAGGAACAAGCUAAUCAUUGUUUCAGCAGAAACAGCUGGAAAUGGAUUGUACAAUUUUAUUGUUCCUCUUAGAGCUUACUACAGACCAAAGAAAGAGUUAAAUCCCAUAGUAUUGCUUCUCGAUAAUCCGCCAGAUGUACAUUUUCUGGAAGCAAUCUGCUGGUUUCCAAUGGUUUACUACAUGGUUGGCUCUAUUGACAACCUAGACGAUCUACUAAGAUGUGGAGUGACAUUUGCUGCCAAUAUGGUUGUGGUAGACAAAGAAAGCACAAUGAGUGCUGAGGAAGAUUACAUGGCAGAUGCCAAAACAAUUGUAAAUGUGCAAACGCUAUUUAGGUUAUUUUCCAGUCUCAGUAUUAUCACAGAACUGACACAUCCAGCCAAUAUGAGAUUCAUGCAGUUCAGGGCUAAAGACUGCUAUUCACUGGCUUUGUCUAAACUUGAGAAGAAAGAACGUGAAAAAGGUUCCAAUCUAGCAUUCAUGUUCCGUCAACCAUUUGCUGCUGGGAGAGUCUUCAGCAUCAGCAUGCUAGAUACACUGUUGUAUCAGUCAUUUGUGAAGGACUACAUGAUCUCUAUCACAAGGCUGCUUUUAGGACUGGAUACCACUCCAGGUUCUGGAUUUCUCUGUGCAAUGAAAAUCACAGAGGAUGACCUAUGGAUCAGGACAUAUGGUCGGCUUUACCAAAAGCUUUGCUCCUCAUCAGGAGAUAUUCCUAUUGGUAUUUAUCGCACAGAGUCACAAAAGCUCACAACAUCAGAGUCUCAAGUAUCUAUUAGCGUCGAGGACUGGGAAGAUACAAAAGAUUCCAAAGAGCACAUGAGUUAUUGCACCAAUCACUACCACCGGAACUCGACCUCUAGUGACCAAUCGGAUCAUCCUUUGCUGAGGCGUAAAAGUAUGCAGUGGGCAAGGCGCCUUAGUCGAAAAGCACCAAAACACUCCAAUAAAGUAACAGAGAGGAUUAAUCGUCAGCGCAUGACGUUAUGCAAAAGGUCGGAGAGACAAGAACUGGCUGAAUUAGUAAAAACCCGAAUGAAGCACCUAGGCCUUUCGACGACAGGUUAUGAUGAAAUGAAUGACCACCAGAACACUCUGUCAUAUAUCCUCAUCAAUCCGUCACCAGAUAUGAGACUGGAACUGAAUGAUGUUGUCUACCUGAUCCGACCUGAUCCUUUGGCUUACGUACCAAACAGUAAACCCAGUCUCAAGAUCAGUGCCUGCAACAAUAGUGGGGAUGGACAGGACACAAAGGACGACACACAGCUUUAAUUAAUUUCUCAAGGUUUUGCAGAAACAGAAGUGUCAAUGCAAGCUUUCAGCAAGAAGUAUUACAGAUUUCAGCAUCCCAUUAGAAAACUGGAUAAGAAACCAACAGAGGGGGUUGUGUUAUGAAAUUGUUGAAAACACUGUUCGCCACGACUAAAUCAAGUAAACAAUGUAUGGCAUAAUGCAGAGCUGAUUAAUCUGACUCACUGAUGAAGUCAAAGAAUGGUUCAUGCGAGCUUGGAGCUUUUCAUCAAUACCUAGCCUGUUAUCGUAUCAUUAUGGUUCUGUUUCUUAAAACAUCAGUAAUAACGUUAAAAAUGCAUACGGUGAAGUGAAUUCUACUUACAGAUAUCUACCUGUUGCUGGUUUAUAAAAGACUAACAGCUAAUUAGUCCUCAAGUGAUGUGCACUGGGAAUAUAACUCUGUCAAAGGGUGGGAGAAGGGAGGUUCACUGGAAGUCAAUCAUGUAUUAACAUGCAUUAAUACCAAAAGUUAAUUUAUAUAUAAUUCCACAUCUAUCAGUAAAUUAAAAUAUAAUUGAAAGAUACAGAUUUCUGUAAUUUGGCCUUUCUAGUUUACAUUUACCAAACCAUUUUACUUGAUUAAUUACAAAAGGAUUUUCGACCAUUGAGCGUCUGGGUCAAAUCUCUGUGCUGAGUAUUGGGAAUGGCAGAUUCACUAUUAAACCUGUUUUUCUACCUUCCUUUUUCUCCUGUUCCCAGCUCAUUUUGCAGGGUCGGGCCUUGCUUGUAGCAACGCCGGGAUCUGCAAAGAUCACAGUUGAAUUUACCCACAGUAUAUUAGGUCCAGAAUCAUUUAUUAACACUGAUAGAAGAGUUUUGGAGCUCCUGAAAUGUUAAAUAAUUGUCUCCAUAGUACAGCUUAUCAUUUUGCAACGGCAAGCAUUUUUUCAUUGUUGAAAUUCCAGCCCAUCUGCCAACCAUUACUGACUCUGACAGACGGAAUACAAAUACGUGUAGACAUACACACUGUCACUAAUUCCGGAAAACAAUUCAGUACAUGCAAACAAGUGGAGUGAACCCAAUGAAAUACGUUGCAAAUUAUGUUGAUUACUGUGAGCAUUGGAUAUUGUUAAGACAGGGCCUAUUCAUGUUUUUAAAGGGCACACUCUAGGAAAAGGGUGACCUUUAGUCACUGCCCUCCAACCCCACCACACCCGGCACCUUCCCCUGCAUGCUUUCCGGAGAGACCACUCUCUCCGUGACUCCCUUGUUCGCUCCACACUGCCCUCCGACCCCACCACACCCGGCACCUUCCCCUGCAACCGCAGGA